GCUUUCCAUGUAGUUUCGCUUUCCUUCCCCCCGUCGUCUCUUUUCUGUGAACUGGCGAUGAUCCAGACGGGGGCAAAAGCACGCCGCGGUCUAGAAUUUCGAGUGUGAAAGGCCGAAACUUUGCGGCUGGGAAUUCGUGUUUGCUCUUUUUUCCCCCGAGCUCUCCGCUUCUCGUGGGCAGUAGCUUUUGAAGAUGGGUUUUGCUGCUGUCUACCAAUGCCUACAGGAACUAUUCCCACAGCUUGAUGCACGCUUGCUGAAAGCUGUUGCUAUUGAACAUCCUAAAGAUGCUGAUGCAGCUGUGGAAGUUGUUCUUUCUGAAGUUCUUCCUCAUAUGCUGCAAAAGGAAAAAAUUGCUGAUUCUUGCUCUGAGAAUACGAGUUCACUUGUUCAAUCAGUUGGAGAAGUUGAAUCUGACGAGCAAACUUCAUUAUCACGCCGCCGACGUAAGUCUAAGAGGGAAUCUGUUGGUUCUUCGCCGACACCAGAUGCAUUUAGUGGAGGUGGUGAUGCUUCUAACACUGCAGGCAAUUCUGUGAAUGCUGAUUCAACACUUGGUGAUGAGGGUCCUUUCUAUGAUGCAAAUGAUGGGAACGAUCAUCCAUUUAGAGCUGUUGAUAAUGAAGCCAUGAUUGUAUCUGAAAAUAGUCAAGAAACAACUGUCGUUCAAGCAGAUAAAAAUUCUGAAGUCUGGAAACAUUCUGGUUUGCAUCCAUGUGAUGCUAUUGAUGACAAUGUGGUACAUGGAAAUGUGGAUGGGGAAGAGUUAAUUUUGUUAGGGAUGGAGAAAGCUCAGGAGCCUAUGCCAGUGUCUGAGAAAGUUCAGGAGCCUGGCCCUUUUCAUGGUACCACUUCAAGUUCUCAUCUGGUGCUCACUUCAAACCGUGAAAAUGGCAGUUUGGGCGGCAGUUUGCAUAUUGGUUUGAAAGGUUCUAGUUAUUCUGAAGCUGGUGUUGGUGUUGGUGAAAAGAGCUCAAUCUUGGACACACCUUUGUCUGAGGAUGAGAAUGCUGAUGUUGAACUGGCGUUGUUGUCUCCUAAAGAGCAUUCCUCAGAGGCUCCAAGCUGUGCAUCUGAAGUUGAUACUCACGCUCAUGAGAAUAAGUAUGCUGAUGGGAAUGUAGAAUUAGAAUCUAGUGCUGUUGCUCAGGAACUGGACCUCAAUAGCACUGGCACUGUUGAUGUGGAUGAUGAUCCUCCACUGGACAUGACUCGCUCUGGACAGAUUUGCAGCGUUGAACUUCUUGAAGAGAUCAUCGAGGAUGCAAAGAAUAAUAAGAAAACUUUGUUUUCAGCAAUGGAAUCAGUUAUGGACAUGAUGAAGGAAGUUGAAGAGCAAGAGAAAGCUGCAGAAGUAGCCAAAGUGGAGGCUGCUAGGGGAGGUCUUGAUAUUUUUAACAGGGUUGAAGAACUGAAACAGAUGCUGGCACAUGCCAAGGAAGCUAACGAUAUGCAUGCUGGAGAAGUGUAUGGGGAGAAGGCAGUUUUAGCAACUGAAGUUGGGGAGCUACAGUCUCGUUUGCGUGGCUUGUCAGAUGAAAGAGAUAAGUCUCUUGCUAUUCUUGACGAGAUGCAUGAAGCUCUUGAAUCUAGACUUGCUGCUGCAGAGGAGGUGAUGAAAGCUGCUGAGAAUGAAAAACUGGAAAAAGAAGAAGUGGCACGCAGUGCUCUAGCUGAACAAGAAGCCAUAAUGGAGAAGGUGGUUCGAGAAUCAAAAGUACUACAAGAAGAGGCAGAGGAGAAUUCUAACCUAAGGGAGUUUCUUAUGGAGAAGGGGCGAAUUGUUGAUAUAUUGCAAGGCGAAAUAUCGGUUAUAUGUCUGGACGUGAAGUUCCUUAAGGAGAACUUUGAUGAGCGGGUGCCUCUGAGUAAGUCUCUUUCCUCUAGUCAAACUAGUUGCCUUUUGGCCUCAUCAAGCUCUUCUCGGAAAAGCACAUCGAACAACCCAAUUCUCAAUGAAGCUGAAACAUGCGGGACACCAAAAAAGAUUGCUGAGACAGCCAUGAUCGAGGACAUAUUUCCUGAGACAACUUUCGAAGAGGAAAAAAGCAGAGUCGAUCUGAAAGAGCUUACAGAUUUAGGGUGGGAGUUCUUCGAUGAGGACACUCUAUUCAGCAAUGGGAAUCUGAGCCCCACUGCUAACAGAGAAUUUAGGGGCUCUGAACCCGACAUCCUUGGUGGCCAUUGAUGAACACGGGGAGCUUUUUAUGUUGUUUAUUUUUCGGGCCCUUUUGCUGAGUAAUUGGAGAAUCUGGUUGUUUUCGAUAUCCUGGUAGAAAUCUUAGCAGUUAGCACCCUGCGAGAAACCAUGUUUUGGACUUUUUAGGUGCAGCUCUUUUCCUCUGUGUAUAGCUUAAAUAAGGAGGAAUAAUACUUUGAAUAUUGCUGUACAGCAUUCCUAUAGUUACUUUUCACCAUCUUAGCACGACUUGAACUUUUGGCAAACCUAACAUGGUGCUUCAUCUUC